AUGCAAACGAAACACUUCUUCUCGGAUCCCACCCAUUUGGUCCAGACCGCUCUGCAUUCCCUCACUCUCACCAACCCCUCGCUAGCAUUCGAUGCGGACAACAAGAUCAUAUUCCGCCGCCCCGAUGCGAACGCAAAGCCCAAAGUCGCCAUUGUAUCGGGUGGUGGUUCGGGCCAUGAGCCUGCCUUUGCGGGCUACGUUGGAAAGGGUUUCUUAGAUGCUUCCGCGGCCGGUACAAUUUUCGCUUCUCCCUCGGCGGAGCAAAUCCGCAAGGCGGUCAUGGACUGUGUCAGCCAUGACAAGGGAGUCCUCAUUAUCCCCAUGAACUACACGGGCGACGUGCUCAACUUCGGCAUGGCCACGGAAAAGUCACGCGCGGCUGGGAUUAAGACCGAGUUCUUUGCUAUCAAUGACGAUGUUGGCGUUGGCAAGCAAAAGGGAGGCAAAGUCGGUCGUCGUGGUAUUGGCGGUGGAAUUCUCAUCCUUAAGGCUGUUGGUGCGCUGGCGGAAGCAGGUGGAUCGCUGGAAGAAGUGUACCGCCUGGCGCAGUUGGCGAACAACAACCUUGUUUCCGUUGGCUCCUCCCUCGAGCAUGUGCACAUUCCCGGCAGAGGCGCCCCAGAAGACACCAUCCCAGAGGGUCAAGUCGAGGUCGGCAUGGGCAUUCACAACGAGCCAGGAUCCCACCGGGUGAAGGCCAACCUCGUGGAGCUGGUCGCAACCAUGCUACUCCAGCUUCUGGACCACAAUGAUCCUGACCGCGCCUGGGUCACCCGCAAGCCUGAAGACGACUUUGUGCUAUUAAUCAAUAACUUGGGCGGUGUCAGCACAUUGGAACUUUCGGGCAUCACGGAUGAGGUAUAUCGUCAGCUUGACAGAGACUACGACGUGCAGCCGAUCCGAAUCAUCCAGGGGACUUUCCUCACCAGCCUUAACGGGCUGGGCUUCAGCAUCUCCUUGCUGAAGCUGGUAGAUACGGGGCUGGGCCCCGGAAAAUCCUUCCUGGAUCUCCUCGAUGCGCCCGCCGAGGCGGUCGGCUGGUCGGCCCCUAUCAGCGCGGAGACGUGGAAGCAUCGGACUGAUGCUCCUGUUGAGUUCAAGAGAACCGCUCUGCCCGAGGACACCCCAAGCAACGUCAAACUGGAUAUCAACAUCCUGAAGAAGGUCCUAGGCAGUGCCCUCAAGCGCGUGAUUGCCGCAGAGCCCGAAACGACCCGCUUCGACACGAUCGUCGGCGACGGCGACUGCGGCGUCGGCCUGAAGCGCGGGGCGGAAGCCGUCGCCGCGCUCCUGGAGAGCUCCUCAUCGAACCUGACCGACGACGUGGUGCACGCCGUCAACCGCAUCGUCGGCGUGGUCGAGAACACGAUGGACGGCACCUCGGGCGCCAUCUACGCCAUCUUCCUGAACGCGCUGGCGCACGGCCUCCGCGAACAAGACACAGGCGCCAGCACCCCGGCGACGGCGGACGUGUGGGCUGCGGCGCUCAACCACUCGCUCGCCGCGCUGUCCAAGUACACCCCCGCACAGCCGGGCGACCGCACCCUGGUCGACGCCCUGGUGCCCUUCUGCAAGACGCUCCACGACAGCAAGGAUGUCCACGCCGCGGCGCAGGCCGCGCAGGAGGGCACCGACUCCACCAAGCACAUGAAGGCCAGCCUGGGCCGCAGUGUCUAUGUGGGCGGCGAGGACGAGUGGGUGGGCAAGAUCCCUGACCCCGGUGCCUACGGGCUCAGCGAGUUCUUGAACGGGUUGGCCGAGGCGCUGUGA